CCUCCUCGCCGCCACCGCCGCCGCGGCUGUCGCGGCCACCGCCGUCGCACCGUCGUUGCCACGUCCGCCGCUACGUUCCACCGCCGGGAACGGCGACGACGGCGACGACGACGACGACGACGAUCGCCUCUACCACGCCGCUGCUGUUUCAGCACAGAUUAACAACAUGGAGGCAAAGGAAAGGGAAAAGCCGUUGGUCAAAGACUUGAACGAACAUAUCGUGUGUCCCCUGUGCAGAGGAUACCUCAUAGACGCUACGACUCUUGUGGAAUGUCUGCACUCCUUUUGCAGAGGUUGCAUCGUUCGGCGUCUGAGUAGCGGCGCCCGCGCGUGCCCCGUGUGCAGCGUCGCGGCGUCGCCGCCGCUCUUGCCGGAUACGCGGCUCCAACGGCUGGUAUAUCUCGCGGUGCCCGGUCUAUUCCGCUCAGAACUCAAACGUAGACGUCACUUCCGCCUGGUGAAUCCGCAAUGCCCGCCGUUGUCGCCGCCCGUAGGCGCCCUCGAGCUCGGCCUGGAGGACCUCGUCAGUCUGAGCUUGCGAGAGCUAGAGGACACGGAAGGUGGGAUGCCGACGCGAUGGGAAGGACGCGACUCGUUGAAGAACGAGGUAUCGCCAGAGGACGAGAGUAGUGGCGCGAGCACGAGGUACCUCAAGUGUCCGGCCGCCGUGACGGUGCGUCAUCUGGUGAGAUUGCUGAUGCUCAAGAGAGGAUGGGAAGAGGCUAACGCGACCGCCAACGGUGUCAAUAAUAAAAUAGAAAUUAUGUACCAAAAAGACGAGGCGCGGUAUCCCGACAGGAAAAGCAUGCGCCCGCUCGAUCCCUCUUGGACGCUUCUGGACCUCGCUUGCAUCUUUCGAUGGAAGAAGGAGGCGCCAAUGAGACUGUUCUACCGGGUGUUGCGCAAGGAAGAGACACCUUCGAUCUCGAAAGUUUCCUCGUACAGGGACGACGCGACCAAGGAUGUCCCGCCAUCGAUCGAAAAUAUCCAGCGACCGCCGACCCCACCGCCGAGUCCCAAGCCUGGUCGCGAGCAGGAAGCUCGCGGCCCGGAGCCACCUCGCGCCGCCCUCGAAACGACGAGCAUCGAUGUCCGCGACAAAGAGACGAAAACGAAAAAGCCCCGUUGCGAGGUGACGCCCGUUAUGCGCACUCCGGACCCCCCGUCGGUUACCGAACUGCCGACGAAUCAUCGUCGCCGGUCGCCGGAGAGUACGAGAAGCAAGGAUAUGGCAAGGUUGGAGCAUCGAAAGCGGCGCAAACGGCGAAACAAGCGGGUGAUCGCGGAGAUCACUACGACGCCGCGUGAGGAUCUCCUGAAACUCAAGGUCCGUCUGACGCCGUGCCCCCCGAGGAUUACCUCCGCGAUUACCGCGGCGACAGGCAGCGGCGGGGGUGGUGGCAGUGGAAGCCUCGACGCGACCGCCAACAGUCCGACGAAAGAGAAACUGUUGCAGAUGCGGGCGGUUAGACGCGACAAGAUCAAAACGAUCGGCGUUCAACAGCGAUCGACGGCGAGUCCGCUAGUCCGGGAGGAGACCAAGUCCAAGGAGUCCGCGAGAGAGGCGGAAGAAACGAUCGAGGAUAUCAUCGACAGCAUCCCCGACGAGGUCGUGCGUAUCGCGCAGAACAUCAGCAAUCAAACGGAGGAGACCAAGUCCGAGGAGUGUGCCGCGGCGGAAAAAGCGACUAGCGAGGAGACGGCGGAGAAGAGCGACGAACCGGAGAGGCCGAAGAAAGAUGAGGAGAUUCUGCGCCGACUGGGCCUGGUAGCUGUUAACGAGGCCGGCGGUGACAGAAUGGCGAAGCAACGCGCACAGAGCGGCACUGAGAGGACGGACAGUCUGGACCGCGAGAAGCUGGAGAAACAGUUGCGCGAAAGCAAGGCGAAUCGCGUGCGAAGCUUGCUGGCGGAGAAGCAGAUGCGCGACGCGCUCAAGACUAUUAUGUCGACGAAGGAGGAUUUGACGUCCGUCGUUAAGACAUCCGUUUUCACUUCCGUUUCCGCCGCACCCGUGCCUGCCGCACCUAUCACGCCGAAAAAGAAGGAACCACCGCCGUUAACGCCUCUGCGCGUCGCAAAACCGUCCGGUUUUACCGCAACCAGCGUGGUGGUGCCCAGCGCCACUUCUAAGUACGAGACGCCGUUGGAUCUUAGCAGCGGCAGCGGCGGCGGCGGCGGCACCACCGUCAACGACAACAUCCUCGACCUGUCAGCUACGUUACCCGGUAGCGGUCAGUCCACUCUUCCAUCUUCCUCGUCCCCCUCGUCCUCUUCCUCCUCUUCCUCCUCUUCGUCAUCCUCCGCCUAUUCCCCUUCUUCCUCUUCUUCCUCAUCUUCCUCCUCGCCGUCGUCGUGCUCGAUGUCGUCCUUACCAUCGUUGCCAUCGUCGAGGCUGCCAGCGCGAUCCACGAUCGGUGCCGCCGGUAGUUUCCGCAAAUCCAAGGAGUCGGAGCAACAGCGCGGCAAGGGACAGGAAUCGAAUCUGAGGACCCUCUCGGAUGCCGCGGUGUCACGCCUGAGCGGCUGCCUGGUCGAAAAGAAUCCGGCAGCAGAGUCGCUGGCACUGGCCUCCGCGAACGUAAACGCCAGUAAGGUCGCUCUGCGCAUACCGCAGCCGCGUCAUCGCAUCUCCGGUUUCGGCAUGAAAAUCAAGCCCAAUCUCGGCGUCCGCCACAUCCCGAACCCUCAAGCUGUCGUGGUCUCGCAAUAUCGUAAUCAAAAGCUACUUCAACGCAGUUACUUCAACGUCGUCCAGAAGCCGCCAUAAGCGCGUGCCUCUUACCUUUCAUCCCCCUACCUCUGCCUUUCCCGUUUACUAGUUUCCUGUUAAUUGUUUCGGUCGUUAAACUUUAAUAUCGAGAGACGCGAUUUCUAUACGAAUAAAAUAUAUGUAUUUUAAUAUUCCAAUUCAACUGAAAAUUUUCUAAGCGCGAGAGAGAGUUGAAAGAUUUUACCGCUACGUAUAUCGAUCGAACAUAAUUCAGAGUUAUUUUACUCGAGGUAAAAACGAUCGUUACCGGUGCAUCCGGACGACGUUUCUUUUUUUAUUGUGUAAGAUCGCACAAAUUGCAUUACUUUCGAUCGAUCACCAUCGUCGGCGCGUCUCAUUUUUUCAGGGGGUGAGAAAGGAAAGGGAUUUCUCUGGUCGGACUAUUGUUAUCUAGAUAUAUCAAAACUACGUAUGCCUCUGUAAUACUAUACGCCUGACCCGUGUCGCGGUCUAUACUCUACGAUUACUGGCCGAUCGAUUUGACAAACGGACUCUCGUGGAAAAUCCGUGGCGUCUGAUGGAACCGUAUCUAAUAUUCAAUGGGGACGACAUAUGUAAUAUGUAGGUCGAGAUGCGCUGGUUGGUGAAUGGACGGGAAUGAUAGUAGCGCCAAACAGAUACAGUCAUCCGUUGUCCCUCCGUUAGGACUGUGCGAGGACUUGGAGAAAAUGAGCUACGGGUUCGAGUACUCAAAGAUUUCUGUAGUUUAAUAUUUAUUAUAAUAAUAACCGAGUAGAUCUGAGUCAGCAACAAGCUGAAUAUAUCUAUAUUUUUUAUUCCUUGUUACAUAUUUAUUUCAAAUCUUAUAUCAUGUUUUCGACUUAUCAAACCCUUGUUAGGUAUCGCAGAAGAAGAAUACAUCUUAAUCGAUCAGAAAAGUUCCUCGUCAUAUUUUACGUAGUAUUAUAGUAUUAUUAUGUUUGCCACUGUUGAAUUAUUUUAGUUACUUUAAUACGUGUUUAAUUGUGCGUAUGUAUGUAGGUAGAAUGCUCUUGGAAAAAGUUUGUUUGUUUGGGGGAAAUAUUUAAAAACAAUAACGUAGGUGUGUAAUCUGUUUAAAUGUUCCCAAAGAUGUAAAUAUAAUAAACAAUCUCACGCAAUUGAAGCGGAACCCGAUCACGUAUAACGUCUGUGUUACAUCGACUUUCUUCUCAGGAAAUCUAUUCGAGACUCGAACUCGUACAAGUCAUUUUUCUCGAGUAUACGCACGGGCCUACGAAUGGGCGUUGGAUGCGAUUUUUUCCCUCUCUCUCAGAACUUGCGAUUAGCAAAAUAUAUGUAUAUGUAAUAAUUUGUAGAGAUGCCAAAGAACGUCCGAGAACGUGUGCAAUGUAUUAGUGCAAUUUAGUUAUCAUUUAUAACAUAAAUAUAUAAUCGACUUAUCGCUCGGCGAAUUAGCGGCGCCGAGACAUAAAAGGUAGGUAGAGAGUAUUCGUACGGACACGUACGAAUUACGUGUGCGUGAUUUGUGAUUCCCUGAAGGGACUCCGUAGCAUGUAUAGACGUCCGGGAGACGAGAUGUUUUUAUAACAGCACAUUUUUGUGAAAUUUUAGAAAAAAAUUUGUUGCGAAAUCAGAGCGUAGAGAUAUCGUUGCGAAUUGCGACCGCGCAUUCUAUUGUGCGACGAUGACCAAAGAAGCAGCGCGUUUUCUAACUGACAAGCGUAUAGGCCUUAAAGUGCCGGAAUGGAUGGCGGAAAAAUUGCAAGUUCCACGCCAUUUGGUACAAUAAAACUUCUUUUAGCAAGUCUCAUUUGAUUCUUCCGAAUUCGAGGGACGAUAAUACAAUUUUGUAAUUCCUGUAUUAAGAUGAUUCAAAUUGUUUGUAUUUGAUAUGUAGAAACAAAGUUGGUAUUCUCAAGUUUUCUUUCGCCAUCGAAUUAGAAACGACGAGAGUAACAUAAGCAUUUAGCAUUUCUAAUUUCAUAUAAAAGACUAAACAAUAAAACGUUUCUUAUCAUCAGAGUUAUCCAAAUCUAUACUUGCGACAAGCCCUUAAUUUUCACAUAAAGUCUUGAAGAAACUGAAAAUACGAGCUUUGCUUCUAUAUUUCUCAUAUAUGUAUAACGGAGUACGGUACGUAAGGGAGGAAUAGAUGCCGGUAUCUUGAGUAGAUGGUUAUAUGUAUAUUGUACAAGGAAAUCACUGGAUCAUAAAUUACAGAAUGGUAUCGAAUAAAAGAUUCUCAUAAAUUCGAGGGAAAAAUGACCAAACGCAAAAUAUCGAAUCAGAUGGUAGAUGGCGUACACUUUUCAACUUUAAUCUUGGCAAUGAGAGAUCGAUUCAACAACCAUUAAAAAUAUUCUGCUUGUACGCGUAACAGCUAUAUGCCAAAGUGCAAACUGCAGCGAACGAUAAAAUGCGGCAUUAUUCGUAGGUAAAAGCCUGUUUUUACACUUCUACACGCGCUUACGAUAUAAGAUAGCAGUUGAUGUAAAUGACGUAACAAGGUGCAUUGAAAAACACAUAGCAAGUUGAUAAACGCAAGAUCAACUAUAAUUGCGAUUUGAAAAAUAAAAAUACGUACUCGAUAA